AUGGCAGAUGUGCAGGGAUUAAAAUAUUGUGAACCUCUAAAGGAUACUAUAUUAGCUAAUAUUGAAAAAAGAACAAAGAGAGCGGUGGCUAUUAGUACGAGAAAUGUUGGGACAAUCGAAUCGACGGGUCUGGAAGGAGUCAAAUUGAUUCGCGAAAAAAGGCAACGCGGUCGCGGUAGAGGUCGCGGUGGCGGAGGUAGCCGCGGUGGAGGACGCGGAGGCAGUGUAGGACGUGGUAGAGGAUAUGGUGGCGGUAGAGGAGGUUAUUCCAGAGGUAGAAGUUAUUAUGGGGGUAGAGGAGGUUAUUACAGAGGUGGUAGGUAUUACGGAGGUAGUAGGUAUUAUGAUGACAAUAACCGAAGUAACAGGUAUUACUAUUAUGGGGGUUAUGGCGGAAGAAAUUUAUAUGGGGUUGGUCGUCCUAAUUACUGUAAUUGGUAA